CGUCCAAAAUGGCGGCUGCUAUGAGUUGAAGGCCGAUUGUGAUUGAUUUUUUUACGCACUUCUUGGCGGACAAAGAAAUUUCCUGAGCUUACUGUAUUUUGUUUAGAAUCUUGGGUCGUGGCCAAACUCCGUUUAUGUCAGCAAACACAAAUACUGUCAGUUUGCCUGCCAUCAUGCCCAGUAAGCGGAAGAGAAGUAUAGCACCGGAUGGCAAGGAAGAACGAGAGGAUUCUCCAGCUCCUCAAGCUAAGAAAAAGAAGAAACCUCUCCAAUAUGACGUCCAAGACCUAUGUCAAGAGCUGUAUGACAACAUCAGGAACUACAAAGCUGAAGAUGGAAGAGUCGUCUGUGAAUCCUUCAUUCGAGUACCAAAACGAAGGACUGCUGCAGACUACUAUGAGGUGGUGUCUACCCCCAUUGAUCUACUAAAGAUAGGCCAGAAGUUGAAGACAGAAGAGUAUGAGGACAUUGACCAGCUUGCUGCAGAUGUCGAGCUCAUGAUCAACAAUGCAAAGGCUUACUAUAAGAAAACAUCCCAAGAGUAUAAGGAUGCCUGUGAAAUCUUGGAUCUGUUUAAUGAAGUGAAGACAGACAUCAUUGCUGAAGCUUUUGGGGAGGCCAGUCGUCCUGAGAGGCGGAGGUCCUCGCCGUGCUGACCCAGAGGAAGAUGAUGCAGUUGGAGACGACGAUGAAGGGGAGGACAUGGAGAAAUCUAAUGGAAAUGGAAA